CUUUGACUGAAAAUUUCCGCGAGAACCCGCGGGACAUCUGUUUCCGUAAAUCCGUAGUCCAUCCGCCUUUUCCUUCCCGCGCGGAAACCCCCGCCCAAACUCCAAAUCCCGCCCAAGCAAGUUCCGCUUUCCCAGCCGGCGAGCAAUAGCAGCAGCACGGCGCCGUGUUCUAGCCGCCGCUGAAUUCCGCGACCCAUCCGAGCAAGUGGAUCACCGGAUGGGGAGACCACGGAAGACGAAGGCCAAGGCCGGCGCCGAGGCCUCCUCCCCCGUCUUCUCCAUCGGCAACUGCAAGGUGGAGAUACACGGGGGCGGCCUUAGGUGCCUGUCCACGGAGCAGGAUCUCACCAUUUCUGGGCCCAAGGGCGCAAAGAUUGUCAUCGCCGUCGAUGGAGCCAGGAGUUCUUCCGAUGGGAUUGGUGAGGGUUCUGGUUUCAUCAUUCUGAAUCCCAAUGAAGUUGACAGCCAGAACAAAUCUUUGCUUCAGGAAGCACUAACGCUUUAUAAGAAUGAACUUCCAACUAUGGAUUAUGCCGCUGACACAGGAAAAAAGUCAGGCUUUCUCGAAAAAUGCAUAAUUAACGGGAAGUACAAGACCCUAAUUCUGAGGUCUAGAUCAGCUGCAGGGCUUGAAGAGAUCAUAGCUGCUGUAUCAUACCAGAUAGUGCCAGCUGACACGCAGUAUGCUGAAAUACCCCUGGCAGUUGUGAGAUCACAUUUCCAACGUGUGGGCUUUGGCCAUCUCUUGUAUAAGGAACUAAGCCAGCGUCUUCAAAAUGUUGGUGUCAACACUAUAUUCUGUUGGGCAGAUAAGGUCUCUGAAGGAUUUUGGCUUAAACAGGGUUUUGUAUCUGUUGGAGAGGUCGAUAGUAAAGGGAAGAUUCGCAGGAUUCCAGUAAGGGCUGAUAUCAGGCGAGCAUUAUGCUUUCCGGGCAGUUCAACACUUAUGGUUACUCAUCUGAAGAAGGAACUGCCAACUCCGCCAAUAAUUCCACUAGCAAAACUGCCCGCCAUGGUACCAGAUAGCAUCUCUCCUGGUGGUACUGAUACUGCAGUUCCCUCCUGUGAAAAAUCGGUUCCUCAGACAUUUGGAUGCCACAAAGUCAGCAAGGCUGGACAGGUGGCAAGAAAUGGAUCUUUCACUGGUACUGGAGGAUGUUCAUCAUCUGACCAACAAUCGAAGAAACGGAUAUCUGAAACCUCAUCAUCUUCACUGAAGUCAAAAAGAGUAAGAUGCAGCGGUCAUGCUGACUAUAAACAAGACAUGAAGCAAAAUGAUAUUUGUGACAGCACUCCUUGUACUCCUAGUAUGUCAGUUCACGUUGAAAGAAAAUUAUCAGGAGAUGCCAAGGGCGCUAUCUGUUCCAAUGGAAGGCCUUCAGUUAUGCUUAUGAAUAUUGCAGAUGAAACAAAGAAGAUACGUCUUACAGAGGUAGUUGAAAUGCUUGGGGGAUUUGUUACUUCUGAAGGAAGUUCAUGCACACAUGUCGUUACUGGAAAAGCUCGAAGGACUAUGAAUUUUUGCAUUGCUUUAAGCUCUGGGGCUUGGAUAGUUUCUCCAAACUGGCUAAAACAAAGCUUCAAACAAGGGAAAUUUGUAGGCGAAUCCGAACAUGUUCUGGAUGACGAAGAAUAUAAGAUGAAAUACAAGUCUGAAAUGAGAGAUGCGGUUAUGAGGGCUCAGGAGCGGCCUUGCUCGUUAUUCUCUGGCUACACUUUCUGUCUCACCAAGUACAUCCAACCCUCUCCUGAUGUCCUGUCUCCCAUCAUCAAAUCAGUUGGUGGCAAGAUCAUCAGUGAGCUGGAUGAAUUAGAUGAGCCAUCAAAGACAAUCUUCUUGGCGUGUGAGGAAGAUAUGGAGCUUGCAAUGGAUGCAGCAAAAAGAGGCAUAAUGACAUUCAGCACUGACUGGUUCAUGAGCUGUGUCAUGAGGCAAGAGCUUGACCUCGAGGCGCCUCUGUUUAUCCUUAGCUUAGCCUAGGGCCUGAACUUUGUAUUGACUUUUGCUAAGUUAUCGCCUCGUUGGCUAUUGUAAAUUCUUCUAGUGUUUGAAAAGGCGUGACCUUAAAAAAUUAUCAAACUAGUCAUGCUGGGACAACACUCGUGCAAUUACUAUGGUAUCUUCGUAUAAUCUAGAGACAACGGUAAUAACAUACUUCCUCUGUUUGGUAUCCAUGUGUAUAUAGACAAAGUUGCGACAUUUAAUACCAAACGGAGGAAGUAUUAUACACUAGUAGAUGAACUAUAUUAUAUAUACAUUUUUUCAUAAUUAUAUAAUAGUACCUCUGUUUGAAACCAAUCAUUUGUAAAACGAGCUUCCAGUUUCAUGUAUGCUUGGAUGGCCAUGUUUUUGCUCAGCCUGCACUAAAAGCAUCUCCACCAGAACCCUAUUCACUUUGUGGAGCCAAAAAAAACUACUUAAAGUCUUCAACAGAGCCUCUAGCCCUCUAGUGAUUCCCUAUUUUAAGGAGGCCCUUAAAAAGGACCCUCAAGCCCUCAUUCCCAUCGGUCAAGGGAUCCAUUAUCCCAUUUGAGCCUUACCCCCUCGCCUCCACUUUGCCCCGUCCUCUACUUCGCCCCGCUGCCGUCGGCCAGGUCCAAUCUGGCGCUGCCCAAGACCGUCGGCUGGGUCCAAUCUGCUGUCGUCAACGGAGGAGACGUCGUCGCCGUUGUCGUUGAAGCCAAGCAUUGCAGGAGAGUUUUUCUAGCCAUGGUCCGAGUUUUUUUUUUUUGCUUGGUUUCAAAAGGCUUCACCGAUGACCAAGUAAACUUCUUCGUCCAUUGAUGGCUAGGGAGCUGCUGGAUCUGUGGCGGCGAGGGACGGUGGAGGAGCGCAGGGAGGAGGAGGCAUGGAGGGAUGAGGAAGGCGGCAUGCGGGGGAGGAGGUGCCACAGAGGAACGCGAGAAGAAGGAGGCACAGCGAGAGGCGGACGAUAGGGAGGAGCGGCGCAACGGAGUCAGCACGGCGGGGAGAAUGAGGCGUGACGGGGAAGAAGAAGCACGAGGGCAAAUUUGGAAGCUCGCAAAUAUAUAGGGUCUGAGAGUGGCCCCUAACUGACAACUACGGACCUUGUUUUAGGAGCUAUUUGUGAAUAAUGUUGAAGAUGAUCUAAAUUACGCCCCUUCCUGCCCACCCAAAAAUCCGUCCUCACAUCUGUUUGGAUGGUAGGGUUGGCCCAUGAAAUUCCUGGCCAUUUGCCAAAUCCAUUGAUAAAAACAAACAAUCCUCAUG